CUUCCCACUUGGAAAGAGGCUUUUCCUUCUUGGACAUCUGCUGGCGGAGCUUCCAGUAGCUAGAGAGAGGAGAGAGGGGUCCUUUCACAGCUCCUGAAACUUUUCUCUCACUUUUCGGAGGGGGAGGCUUCCAGCAGGUUGAUCGCACAUUUGUUCUGUUGAUUUUUUCUGGGGGGUUAAAUUGACUGGUUAAUGCGCUGCUGACCUUUAAGGACCAAACAUGAAGAUAGGGCUGUCACUGGCCACGGCUGCCUUGCUUGCAGCCCUGAUAUCCUCCAUAGAUGCUCAAGUGGAACCACCCUCAGACUUGAAAUUUAAAAUUCUAAAUGAGAAUACAGUGGACAUGUCAUGGACAAGACCCUCAUCAAGGAUAGAGGGCUUCAGAAUACAAGUUGUAUCAGAUGCAGAUGAACCGGCCAGAGAUUUUACCCUUGAUGCAUACACAACUACAACCUCAAUUACUAACCUGACCCCUGACUUGGACUACUCUGUGUCCAUUAACUCGUUUGUUGGGACAGAGGAGAGCAUUCCCAUCUUUGGUCAACUGACCAUUCAGUCCAGUAACACUAGCGGUCGAGUCAGAAGGCCACAGUCAGAUCUACUCAAGUGUUCGGUCAGUGCAAUUGCAGAUUUGGUUUUUUUGGUUGAUGGCUCAUGGAGUGUGGGCAGAGAAAACUUUAAGCACAUCCGUAGCUUCAUUGGCGCCAUGUCAGGGGCCUUUGACAUUGGAGAGGAUAAGACCCGGGUUGCUGUGGUUCAGUACAGCACUGACACCCGCACAGAGUUUCCCCUCACCCGUUACACCAGAAGAGGAGACCUGCUUCAAGCCAUCAGCUCUCUACCAUACAAAGGGGGAAAUACUAUGACAGGUGAUGCCAUAGAUUACCUGCUGAAAAACAUCUUUACGGAGACAGCUGGAUCUAGGAAAGGUUUUCCUAAGAUAGCCAUGAUCAUCACUGAUGGAAAAUCCCAGGACCCAGUGGAGGAGUAUUCUAAAAGGCUUAGGAACAUUGGAGUGGAAAUAUUUGUCCUAGGUAUCAAAGGAGCAGAUGAGGAGGAGCUGAGGGAAAUGGCCUCUACACCUCACAGCAAACAUGUGUACAAUGUUCCCAACUUUGACAUGAUCCAAGAUGUACAGCAAAGAAUCAUCACAGAGGUGUGCUCUGGUGUUGAUGAGCAACUUAGCGCUCUGGUCAGCGGGGAGGAGAUGGUUGAGCCAGCCUCUAACUUGCAGGUCACUGAAAUUGCAUCAAAGUCAAUGAGGGUGACAUGGGACGCCUCCUCAGGUGAUAUUACAGGCUACAAGGUCACCCUUAUCCCCAUGUUAUCUGGUAUGAAACGGCAAGAGCUGUACAUGGGGCCCACCCAAACAUCCAUCAAUGUUCGUGACCUUUCCCCUGAGACUGAAUACGAGAUCAGCCUGUAUGCCCUCAAAGGUCUGAUGCCGAGUGAACCCAUCAUGGCAAUGGAAAAGACCCAGCCUAUCAAGGUGUCAACAGAGUGCUCUUUGGGAGUGGAUGUGCAAGCUGAUGUGGUCCUACUGGUUGACGGCUCAUACAGUAUUGGAUUACAAAACUUUGCCAAAGUCCGCGCCUUCUUGGAGGUUCUAGUCAAUUCCUUUGACGUUGGACCCAACAAGGUCCAACUUAGCUUGGUCCAGUACAGUCGUGACCCACAUACUGAAUUUGCCCUCAACACCCAUCAUGACAUUAAUGCUGUUGUCAAAGCUGUGCGCACCUUUCCCUACCGUGGUGGCUCGACGAACACUGGUCGAGCAAUGACCUAUGUCAGGGAGAAAAUCUUUAUCUCUUCUCGUGGAGCAAGACAGAACGUUCCUCGUGUCAUGGUUCUGAUCACAGACGGAAAGUCAUCUGACUCGUUCAAAGAUGCAGCAACAAACCUUCGGAAUACUGAUGUGGAGAUAUUUGCUGUUGGUGUGAAGGAUGCAGUGAGGUCAGAACUGGAAGCCAUUGCUAAUCCCCCAUCAGAAAAUCACGUCUUUGAGGUGGAGGACUUUGAUGCCUUCCAGAGGAUUUCUAAAGAGCUGACUCAGUCUAUCUGUCUGAGGAUUGAACAGGAGCUUCUCAACAUUAAAAAGAAGAGUCUGCGUCCACCCACUGACUUGGUGUUCUCUGAGGUUACUUCCAGAAGCUUCCGUACCACAUGGACACCUCCUGAUGCUAAUGCCUUGUCUUACCUGGUGCGUUUUCGCAAGGCUGACGACAUCACAGGAGACUAUGUUACCCUGGCAGUGCCUGGUGAUACUACAACAGCUAUUCUGCCCCGACUAUUCCCCCUCACCACCUACGAGGUCAAUGUCUUUGCUCAGUAUGAUAAAGGAGACAGUUUUCCUUUGACUGGUGAAGAGACAACUCUAGAAGAGCAAGGAGCUGUUCGAAACCUUCGAGUUACGGAGGAGACAACUGACAGUUUCAGGGUGUCAUGGGAAGCCGCUCCGGGUUCUGUGAUAAGGUAUCGGUUGUCCUAUAUCCCGCUGAGUGGUGGAGGGGAAAAUCUUGAGGCUCAAACUACUGGCCCAGAGACUACCAUAGUUCUUCAGGAGCUUUUCCCCCUCACUACCUACCGAGUGUCUGUGUCUGCUCAGUACUCUACAGCCAUGGGGGACGACAUGCAAAUAGAUGGCACCACCAAGGAAGUCCGUGGCUCUCCUCGUGACCUUCGCGUCUUUGAUGAGACUAUAUCCACAAUGAAACUGACAUGGAAAGCUGCUCCAGGAAAUGUCCUUCAGUACCGCAUCUCCUUUAAACCUGCUGAAGGAGGUGACAGGAAGGAGGUAUCUGUCAAGGGAGAUACAACUGAGGUUGUGCUGAAGAAACUCCAACCAGCAACUGAAUAUGAGCUGUUUGUCAGUGCUCGCUACUCUUCUGGUUUGGGGGAUCCUCUUCUGGGCACAGGAACCACAUUGGAAGAGCUUGGUUCACCAAGAGACUUGGUGACAAGUGAUGUCACAGAGAGCAGUUUCUCUGCGACUUGGAAUGCGGCGCCAGGUAACGUUCGUCAGUACCGGAUCAAGUGGAAGUCUCUGUAUUCUAACGAAGAGGGGGAGAAGACAAUCCCUGGAGACACCACAGCAACAGUGUUGGAUGGUCUCACCCCAGAGACACUUUAUCAGGUCUCUGUGUUUGCUGUCUACGGCCAUGGAGAGGGUCAGCCACUGGUUGGAGAGGAAACCACAGAUGUAUCGGCAGCGGGAAGAAUAAUUGUUGUCUCUGAGGAGACCGAGAAGAGCAUGAAGGUGACAUGGCAACCAGCACCUGGAAAUGUAGUCAACUACCGUGUUACCUACAAACCAAAGGCAGGAGGGCGGCAGCUAGCUACCAAGGUAGCUGGUGGCACAACCUCCACCGUACUCAGACGCCUCACCCCCCUCACCACUUAUGACAUCACCGUUUUGCCAGUCUACCGCACUGGAGAAGGCAAAGCAAGGCAAGGAGAAGGAACAACACUGACCCCUUACAAAGGUCCCAGGAACCUUCAGACUUCAGAGCCUGCAAGAACCAGUUUCCGUGUGACCUGGGACCAUGCCCCUGGUGAUGUUAAGGGAUACAAAGUCACUUUCCACCCAGUUGGGCAGGAUAAGGAUGCGGGAGAACUUCUGGUUGGUCCCUAUGACAACACUGUUGUGCUCGAGGAGCUGAGAGCUGCUACCAAAUACAGCGUGAGUGUGUUUGGUAUGUUUGAAGGAGGAGAGAGUAUGCCAUUGGCUGGAGAGGAGAAAACCACUCUCUCUGAUGCACCUGAUCCUCCACCUUAUGUGCCGACAGAUGUACAGUGUAAGACCACUGCACAGGCUGACAUUGUGCUGCUGGUGGACGGGUCCUGGAGUAUUGGACGUCUCAACUUCAAGACCAUUCGCUCCUUCAUUGCCCGUAUGGUGGGAGUCUUUGACAUUGGGCCCAACAGGGUCCAAAUUGGUCUUGCUCAGUACAGUGGAGACCCAAAAACUGAAUGGCACUUAGAUGCUCAUCCAACUCGGGAUUCUCUCCUGGAAGCUGUUGGUAACCUGCCAUACAAAGGAGGAAACACCCUGACUGGUCUGGCUUUGAACUACCUCCUCCAGAACAAUUUCAAAGAGAAUGUGGGGAUGCGACCCAGCGCUAGAAAGAUCGGUGUGUUGAUCACUGAUGGCAAAUCCCAGGACGAUGUCAACAUCAACUCUCAGGCGUUGCGUGAUCAGGGCAUUGAGCUCUAUGCAAUCGGUGUGAAGAACGCUGAUGAGAACGAGUUGAGGUCCAUUGCUAGUGAUCCGCAUUCUAUCCACAUGUACAACGUGGCUGACUUCUCCUUCCUGUUGGACAUCGUUGACGGCCUUACUGAAAACCUCUGUAACAGUGUCAAGGGCCCAGGAGGUGCACCCGAUGCUCCCACCAACCUGAUUACAUCAGAGGUGACUCACCAGUCCUUCCGAGCCACCUGGAUCGCCCCUGAAGGUCCAGUGGAAAAGUACCGUGUGGAGUACAUGACUGUAUCAGGAACCCCACUACAGGUGUUUGUCGAUGGGACCGAGACCACAGUUGUUCUCCAGGGCCUCAACCCUCUGACAAAGUACCUGGUCAACGUUUACUCAGUGGUGGGAGAGGAGAGCAGCGAACCUCUGGAUGGAACUGAGACACAUGUAUUGCCCCUGACUGCUGUGAGGAACAUGGACAUUUAUGAUGAACAGACCACUACCAUGCGUGUGAGAUGGGAGAAGGUGCAAGGUGCUACAGGCUACAUGCUGCUCUACAGCGCCAUCAAUGCCACUCAGCCCACCGUCGAGCAGGAGGUCAGAGUUGGCGGGGAUACAGCUGAUGUCCAGCUGGUGAAGUUACUCCCUAACACAGCCUACUCACUCUCUCUUUUCGCCCUGCAUGGAGAGUCAGCUAGUGAACCUCUGACCAAGCAGGGAGUCACACUGCCCUUGCCUCCUGCAGGCGAGCUGAGAGUCCGUGACAUCACCCACAGCACCAUGAAGCUCAUUUGGGAUGCUGCUCCUGGUCCCGUUCGCAAGUACCUCGUCACCUACAAGCCUGAGGAUGGAGACCCUAAAGAACUGGAAGUGGGAGGAAGUGUGACUACCAGAGUACUGGACAACCUGGUCUCACAAACUGAGUAUGCCCUGGCUGUGACUCCCAUCUAUGAUGAGGGACCCGGUCAGACCAUGUUGGGAGAGGGAAUCACCGAUGUGGUUCCUGCUCCAAAGAACCUGCAAUUCUCAGAAGUUACCCAGACCAGCUUUAGAGCAACCUGGGAGCACGGAGCCCCUGAUGUGGCUCUGUACCGCAUUGGCUGGACUAAGAAGGGAGAUUCCAACUUCCAAUACGCCAUUCUGAACAAUGAUGAGUUAUCCCACGUAUUGGAGAACUUGGAGCCAGACACGCCCUAUGAUGUGUCUGUCACUGCAAUCUAUCCAGAUGAAUCAGAGAGCGAGGAUCUUCUGGGCACUGAGAGGACAUUGUCCAAGCAAAGUGGUAGUAGCACAGUGAUUCAGGGACCACCAACCAACUUGGUUGUGUUCAAUGAAACCACCACCAGCAUGAAUGCUAGAUGGAAUCCAGCUCCAGGUCGUGUACAGAACUACAGGAUCACUUAUGUCCCUACAGCUGGAGGCAAGAGCCAGACUACCCAGAUUGGAGGAAAGAAAACCACUGUCCUGCUUCCCAAACUGACCCCUGACACCGAAUACUCCAUCAACGUGGUAGCAGUCUAUGCCAAAGGAGUCAGCCAGGAUCUGAACGGAGUAGGAAAGACCAAGCCUUUGGGUGGUGUUAGGAACUUGCAAGUGACUGACCCCACAACCAACACCCUGAAUGUCCAGUGGGAGGCUGCUGAGGGCAACGUGCGUCAGUACAAGAUCUUCUAUGUCCCUGCAGCAGGAGGAGAAGAAGAGAUGGUCCAGGUAUCAGGCAGCACUUUGAGAACAGUGCUGAAGAACCUGCAGUCUGACACAGUCUACACUGUAACUGUGGUUCCUGUCUAUAAUGCUGGAGAGGGACAACGCAUGUCUGAGAAUGGCAAAACAUUGGAGCGUCUCCCUGUCAGGAACAUCCAGGUUUUCAACCCGACUACCAACACUCUGAGUGUUCGCUGGGAGGCUGCCACAGGCCCAGUCCAGGAGUACCGGGUGGUCUAUUCUCCUCUGAAUGGGGCCAAGCCCUCUGAGUCGGUUUUGGUACCAGGUACCACGACUACAGCUGUGCUGCAGCAGCUGAUCCCAGACACUCCGUACAAUGUCGGAGUUGUUGCUAUUUAUAGCGAUGGCGAGGGACCUACUAUCAGUGAUGAUGGAAAGACAUUGCCCAGAGGUGGCCCAAGGAACAUGCAAGUAUAUGACCCAACCACCAGUAGUCUCACUGUGAACUGGGAACACGCUGAAGGUCCUGUUGUGCAGUACCGCAUCACCUAUGCCCAGACUACAGGAGACCCCAUUGAGGAAUAUACUACAGUACCAGGGAACAGAAACAAUGUGGUCCUGCAGAACCUGGAUCCAGACACUCCUUAUAAUAUCAAAGUGACUGCCAUCUACAGUGACGGACCAGGAGGAGAGCUGGAAGGAGAUGGACGCACAGUGGGUAUGCUUGGCCCCAGAAAUCUUCGUGUGUCUGACGAAUGGUACACACGCUUCAGGGUGUCCUGGGACCCCGCCCCUUCCAGAGUUAGUGGAUACAAGCUGAUUUACAAGCCCGAGGGCUCUGAUGAGUAUUUAGAGGCGAUGGUUGGAGACGUGACCACCCACCAACUGCAUAACCUGAAACCUGGAACCACCUAUGACCUGCAGGUGCAGGCGCAGUACAGCACAGGCUUCAGUGAACCUCUGAUUGGACAAGGCACCACAUUGUACCUGAAUGUGACGGAUCUGACAACCUACAAUGUUGGGUAUGACUCCUUCUGCCUCAGAUGGGCCCCUCACAGAGCUGCCACCUCCUACAGACUCAAAGUCAAUCCUUUUGACACCUCUAAAAGUGGAGCUCAGGAGAUCACUAUCAGAGGAUCAGAAAGCACUCACUGCUUUGAUGGCUUGACCCCUGACACCCUCUACAACGCCACAGUUUACGCCCAAACCCCCAACCUGGAGGGCCCUGGUGUUAGUGUGAAGGAGCGGACGUUGGUCAAACCCACAGAGGUGCCAACUGAGCCUCCCACCCCACCUGCUCCAGCAAAGGUCCCUCCUGCACUGGAUGUUUGCAAAGGUGCCAAGGCAGACCUCGUCUUCCUCAUUGAUGGCUCCUGGAGUAUCGGAGAUGACAGCUUCCACAAAGUGAUCCAGUUUGUCAAGAGCAUGACAGGAGCCUUUGAUGUCAUCAGUCCUAGAGGCAUGCAGGUUUCAUUUGUCCAGUACAGUGAUGAUGCCAAGACUGAGUUCAAGCUGAACACUUAUCAUGACAAGGGCAUAGUUCUGUCAGCGGUGCAGGGUGUGCGCUACAGAGGAGGCAACACAAAGACAGGCGUUGCUCUGAAGCACGUCUAUGAGAAGGUUUUCACCUCAGACAGUGGCAUGAGGAGGAAUGCCCCCAAGGUGCUGGUGGUGGUCACAGAUGGACGGUCCCAGGAUGAAGUAAAGAAGAGUGCAGAAAGGCUGCAGCAUUCUGGCUACAGUGUGUUUGUGGUUGGAGUGGCCGAUGUGGACUUGACCGAGUUGAGAGUUAUCGGCAGCAAGCCCAGUGACAGACACGUGUUUGUUGUGAACGACUACGACGAGUUUGACAAGAUCCAGGACAACCUGAUCACCUUUAUCUGUGAAACGGCCACUUCCACUUGUCCUCUGAUCUACAUUAAUGGGUUCACAACUCCUGGCUUUAGGAUGCUGGAGGCUUUCAACAUCACUGACCGGACGUUCGCUGGCAUGAACGGUGUAUCCAUGGAGACUGGCUCCUUCAACAGCUACAUUGCCUACAGACUACACAAAGACUCCUUCCUAAACCAGCCCACCAAGGAGAUCCAUCCCGAUGGUCUUCCCCCAUCCUACACCAUCAUCCUGCUCUUCCGCCUGUUGCCAGACACACCCUCUGAACCUUUUGAUAUUUGGCAGAUUUCCGACAAAAACAACAACCCUGAGGUCGGGGUCACCGUCAACCCUUCAAGCAAAACAAUCUCCUUCUACAACAAGGACACCCGAGGAGAGAUCCAGAAAGCCGUGUUUAAUGAUGAGCAAGUGAAGAGGGUUUUCCAUGGGAGCUUCCACAAGCUCCACAUCACCGUCUCUCCAGAGAAAGUCAAGAUGAAUGUGGACUGCCAAGAGGUGGCAGAGAAGCCCAUCAAGGAGGCCAACAACAUCACACUGGAUGGCUAUGAAGUGCUUGGCAAGAUGGUCAAGUCUGGAGGAGGAAAGAGGCAGUCUGCGACAUUCCAGCUCCAGAUGUUCGAUAUUAUCUGCAGCUUGAGCUGGAUCAGCCGAGACAAAUGCUGCGACCUGCCCGCCACAAGAGAUGAGGCCAAGUGUCCAUCCCUGCCCCACUCCUGCACAUGCACCCAGGACAGCAUUGGCCCUCAGGGGCCUCCCGGACCUUCGGGCAGUCCAGGCUCUAAGGGACCACGAGGAGAUAGAGGACAGCAAGGCAAUGCUGGUCCAAUGGGUCCACGUGGUGAGUCUGGACCCCCAGGCUCAAUGGGACCCCCAGGUCCACAGGGCCCUAAUGGACUGUCUCUACCAGGAGAACCUGGUCGCCAAGGACCAAAGGGAGAUGCUGGAGACCCGGGCCUGGCUGGUCUGCAAGGUUCACCCGGGCCACGUGGUCCUCUGGGCCCCGUUGGACCUAGCGGAGCGCGGGGGCCACCAGGAAAGGAGGGACCAUCUGGACCCAGAGGCCCCUCAGGACCCAUGGGAGGCCCUGGAAAUCCAGGUGUACCAGGAAUUACUGGAAAACCAGGGAAACCAGGAGACACAGGAAAUCCUGGACCCGUUGGCCUUAAAGGAGAGAAAGGAGAGAGGGGAGACAUUGCAUCUCAGAACAUGAUGCGCUCCAUUGCCAGACAAGUUUGUGAACAGCUUGUGAACAAUCAGAUGAGCCGAAUUGACAUGAUGCUCAACCAGAUUCCUUCUGGAUACCGUAGCAACUCUCCCGGACCAGUCGGACCUGCUGGCCCUCCUGGAGACCCGGGAGCCCGUGGAGAGCCUGGACAGCCUGGUAGAACUGGUUUCUCUGGAAACCCAGGUUUACCUGGAAGUCAGGGAGAAAGAGGUUUGCAAGGAGAGAAGGGAGAGAGGGGAACUCCAGGAACUGGUAUCAGAGGACAAAGAGGCACAACUGGGCCACCAGGUCCACCAGGAGAGUCAAGAACAGGAUCCCCUGGACCUUCUGGCUCCUCUGGGGCUCGCGGCCCUCCAGGUCGCCAGGGUACUCCAGGGGUGAGGGGACCACCAGGACCCGCUGGAUAUUGCGACUCCUCUCAGUGUGUUGGCAUUCCCUACAAUGGACAAGGAUACACAGCAAACAACUACCCACCUGAACCUGAGGUAGUGUCUAUACCUGAGGAGCCAACUGGAGAGUUUGAGACAAUACAGUCACCCGGUUAUACACGAAACCAACGAGGAAAGAGAUCACUACCACAGGACAAAACAGAGAGACUAGCGUCAUAGCUACAAAUAAGGAGUAUGCCGAAAGUGUAAAAUUGAAACGACUUCCCUGAUCAUUUACAUAAGGAUCGAGAUUUACAGUACAAAAGUAGUACUUUGAUGGGUUUGAUACCCCUGGUUAUUUUGAACAUUAUAUUUUGUUUGACAUGAGAACGUUUAGCAAGAUGAAUGCAAACCUACAUGUUCAUUCAUCACAAACCUGUGUGCUUGCCAAGUGUUCCCUUUAACUGUCUGCUUGUAAUAUAACUGCAAGUGUUUAUCGGACUCCAAUGUAUAAUGCACUAAUCAUGUGAAAACCAGCAGAAAGUAUGCUGAAGGACGUACAGUAUGUAUGUAUAUGAAAAUUUUCAGACUUCCCCUGUUUUGUUUUUUGUCAAUCUUCAGUAUGUUAAGCUGUUUCAGAGGCUCCACCAGUAAAAAAGAAAAGAAAAAAGAAAGUCACCGUUAAUUUGAUCCCAAAAGUUGUUUUUUUCCCCAAGACCUGUAAACCAAAUGAUAAUAUGACAUAUUGUAACAAACCAAUCUUGUUUUUGUUUUUUUGUGUGUGUUACUCAAGGUGGAAUUGCAUGUUUGUGUUGUAUAUUUACUAAGGAGGUCGGAAUAUAGUUGUUGUUUUCUAUCUAUGCAGUUUGGAUUUGGUUGCAAGACUAUGGACAUAGAAUUGCUUUUCUCAUGUUUUCACUGCACAUUUUGUGAAUUCCACACAGCCUUAUUUUCUUAUUUAUUUCUGAAACAGAAGAGGCAUUUUUCAAUAAAACUACUGAAAAUGUA